GCUCAGGUUCCUCCUGGCGACUCCACCCCGGUUCGGCCGGGCCCAGCCCCACCGCGCGUCCCUCCCGCCCGCCGGAGCCCGGCGCCGACAGACGGGCAGACGGACGAGGGGACCAGCGGGCGGCGGCGCGGGCCGCGAGGAGCAGGUGUGGGCCGGGCACCAGGCCACAGUGAGAGCUGCCCUUCCAGCACCGGCCACCACUGAGGACGCCAUGAGCCAGUCUGUGAGCUGCUGCCCUGGCGCUGCCAAUGGCAGCCUGGGCCGGUCUGACGGUGUGGCCAAGAUGAGUGCCAAGGACCUGUUUGAGCAGAGGAAGAAGUACUCCAACUCCAACGUCAUCAUGCACGAGACCUCCCAGUACCACGUCCAGCCCCAGCAAAUCCUCAACUGCGCCCUGGACGACAUUGAGUGGUUCGUGGCGCGGCUGCAGAAGGCGGCCGAGGCUUUCAAGCAGCUGAACCAACGCAAGAAGGGGAAGAAGAAAGGGAAAAAGGGCCCUGCAGAGGGUGUUCUCACGUUGCGGGCGCGGCCCCCCUCGGAGGCCGAGUUUAUUGACUGUUUCCAGAAAACCAAGCUGGCCAUCAACCUGCUUGCCAAGCUGCAGAAGCACAUCCAGAACCCCAGCGCAGCCGAGCUCGUGCACUUCCUCUUCGGGCCUCUGGACCUGAUCGUGAGCACCUGCGGUGGACCGGACAUCGCACGCUCUGUCUCCAGCCCCCUGCUCUCCCGAGAGGCCGUGGGCUUCCUGCGUGGGCACCUAGUUCCCAAGGAGAUGACGCUGUGGGAUUCAUUGGGGGAAACCUGGACACGCCCCCGCUCCGAGUGGCCGCGGGAGCCGCAGGUGCCUGUGUACGUGCCCAGGUUCCACAGCGGCUGGGAGCCGCCCCUGGACGUGCUGCAGGAGGCGCCCUGGGAAGUGGAGGGGCUGUCAGCAGCCCCUAGUGAUGAGCCGACUCCAGCAAGCCGUCCAUCCUUUCGAAACGCCCCGAAGCACAGCGUCAUGUCUGAGCCCACACCCCUGGGAGAGGUCCUUUCCCCAGUCAGCUCCCCACAUGCUCACAGGGGCUACGAACCUGCAGCAGCCAUGGCCAAGUACGUCAAGGUCCUCUACGACUUCACAGCCCGCAAUGCCAACGAGCUCUCAGUGCUCAAGGAUGAGGUCCUGGAGGUGCUAGAAGAUGGCCACCAGUGGUGGAAGCUCCGCACUCGCAGUGGUCAGGCGGGCUACGUGCCCCACAACAUCCUGGCUGAGACCUGGCCUGAAGACCUGGGUGCCCCCCAGGAGCAGGCUGGUCUGAAAUACUGGGGUCCUGCCAGCCCCACCCACAAGCUGCCCGCAAGCUUCGCCGGGAACAAAGACGGUGAGUCGGGCAGGGUGGAUGCACGCACAGUGGGGACUGGAGGGGUGGAGGCCCGCACCGGGGGAGGGGGAGCCCGCACCGGGGGAGGGGGACCGGGCCAGAAAAAGAAGGUGUGCCCUCUUGAGCCCAGGCAGGACCCCACAGAGAGGGAGAUGGAGCCCAAGACCAGAGGGGAGAGUGGGGAUGGGCAGCCCCAACUCCACCCGCUCUGGGGGGGCCUCGGCCCAGGGAUGGCCAAACUAGAGCCAGAGGUCAAGGGCACCGUUGUUGCCAGGGUGGCUUGUGGAGGAUGUUGCUUCACUGNCCAACUCUUCUCGCUCAACAAAGACGAGCUGAAGAAGGUGUGUGGGGAGGAGGGCAUCCGCGUGUACAGCCAGCUCACCGUGCAGAAGGCCGUCCUGGAGAAGCAGCAAGGCGGAUCGGAGCUUGAAGAACUCAUGAACAAGUUUCAUUCCAAGAACCAGAGGAGGAUGGAGGAAGACAGCUAGACCUGGCCGCGUGGGCCCACCAUGCCUGCGGCUGGGGGGUCGCACUGCGGGGCCCACCCCCGUGCAUGGAGUAUUAUUUUUGUAUGUGUGUGUAUUUUGUACCAUGGACACAGGGAGUGUGGUGCUGGCUGGGGGCCAGUUCACCUGUCCUCAGGCUUAGCAGUACCCCAGCCCACGCUCACCCACCUGCCCCAAGGCCCACCUCAGCCAAACUUGCCUGUAGGUGCCAGCCCCUCAUCCGCCUGCCCCCUGAGGCCAGAGCUAUGGCUGGCCCAGCCCCCUCUCUGCUUCUCCCGAUGCCUCUCCCGGAGGCCACAGAACAUCCCUUUUUCUCUGGCCUCCCCCAUCCACAUGAGGGUCCCUGGCGCUUGUGACUCUGCCCCAUCCCACCUGCGUGACUGCUCACAUCCACAUCCACCUGCACCCCCACACCCCUGGACAGGCUGUGGGCCAGAGGGGCAGCAGACCCCAGCUGUCCAGCCACCCUGGGCUCUAUUCAGGCCAGGCUGGUGACCCUUGCCCGGAUAGAGCUCCCAACACCCAACCAGUACACUGCUCCUCGGGGUGCAUGCCGUGGAGCGAGGAUGGACCGGACACACCCGAGUACUGGUCUUGGCACUGCCCUUUACUGACACCGUCGUACCCCCCCGCCUGCC